GCUGAGUAGUAACAUAAUAUACUCGUAUGGUUCAAAUCUAAGAAUGGAAACCUUAGUAAUUAUAUUAGUGAGCAUUUUGGUGGUAUUGCGGAUUACGGGUGCUUACAAUUUAAAUCUUAAUGAUGGAGGAGAACUAUUGUCGAAUGGUCUCGACUUCUAUGAAGCCCUUGAAGAUGGCUUCAAAGAUUACUCUGGCUACGGAACGGAGUGGAUUUUUUUCCUGACGGCGAUGGUAUACCUCACUUCGUUAACUUGACUACGCCCACAUCAGCACAGAUGCGUAGUAGACGAGAAAGAGAUAUAGAAUACAGAUUAUAUACCAGGGAAUUACCCGACUACAUAAUAUUAGAUCAGUCAGCGGUACCAUCUAACUCCACUGACAUACGAGUUCUAUUGUCCAACAAGCCUGUUAAAUUGGUAACACAUGGCUGGAAGUCUUCCGCAGAUAAUAGCGUGGUCAUGGGUAUAAAAGAAGCCUACUUGAAAAGUAAGGAUGUUGCAGUGAUUGGUGUUGACUGGAGCGAUACGGCACAGGAUUACCUUUAUCCUUUGGUGGCGGAGUACACUGACGAUGUGGGGGCGCGCGUCGGGAAGUUUCUGGAAGCUUUUUGCCGACUGUACAACGUGCCUGGGGAGAGGUUGCAUUUGAUCGGGCAUAGCCUCGGAGCGCACGUUAUGGGAAUUGCUGCGUCAACGACUAAUGUGACGAUAGCAAGAAUCACUGGACUAGACCCGGCGCGACCAUUGUUCGAGUUUCCGAAGAAGCCAAACUCUUUGACCCUGGACGCGUCGGACGCCGAAUUUGUGGAUGUGAUCCACUCGUGCGCCGGUGUUCUUGGUGUCCUGAAUCCUAUCGGCCAUGUUGAUUUUUUCCCUAAUAAAGGCAUUCCACCUCAACCGGGAUGUGAGAGCAUUUUUUUUCUGUUAGAGGCAUGCAGCCAUGCAAGGUCUCACAUUUAUUUUGCCGAAUCUAUUGGUAACCCUACUGGUUUUCCUGCAUGCCGGAGUGAUAAUUGGAUGGAUUAUCUAAGUAACACUGAAUGCAAACAAAUAGCUUACAUGGGAGAGAAUGUCGACCGAAACACAACAGGGCAGUACUACUUGAGAACUAAUUUGAAGGAACCCUACGCUAGAAAUGUUGCCUAAGACAAGAGACAAUUUUAUGAAAUUAUGUAGAAAACGUACC